UAUGACACAUCAGCAAUCCUUCCCGCCAAUUCACUUCCUUCAAUUUUACCUCAUAUGCCACUGCUCGGCCUUCAAAGUUUUAAAACGCAGCGAAACAGAGAGAGCAAAAUCACAACCCUGAAACCAAAAACUACCUUCAGAGCUCUCUCUCCCUCUCCAAUGGCUUCCUCGUUCCUUAUCUCUCUCUUCCUUCUCUCUCUAGUUUCUCUCUCCUUCGCCCAAUCCUCCGAUACCCUCAUGGACGCUGCCGAGAUCCUCUCCGAUUCCGGCUACGAAUCCAUGGCUCUGACCCUCGAGCUCGCCUCCAAAGGAGUAAUUCCAGUCACACCCUCUCUCACCGUCUUUGCUCCGGCAGACUCAGCCUUCACACAUUCCGGUCAACCCCCAUUGACCAUCCUUCAAUAUCAUCUUCUUUCACUCGCUUUCUCAUACCGAUGCCUCCAGUCGCUACCUUUCGGGGCAAGAAUUCCAACGAUGCUCGCCAAUCACUCUCUGAUCAUCACUACGGCUCUAUCCGACUCCAGAAUCUCGAUCAACAAUGUCAGGGUUAAUGGGUCGCCGAUUUACGACGAUGGGUCGCUUAUAAUCUUCGGAAUCGACCACUUCUUCAACCCCUAUUUUCGGGUUUCGGAUCCGAAGAAUCGGACCAAGAACGUGAAAGAUCGUGUAUGUGUUCGAUCCAAUUCGAGUUAUAUGAUGGAAUUAAAAGUCGAUCAUCACCAUCCUUUUGAUGAAGCUUGUGCGGUGAUGAGAUCCAGAGGGUGCUCUGUUAUGGCGUCGUUGCUUGAAAUGCAAUUUAUCGGUUUCAAGGACCAAAGUCACCAAACCAUGUUGACCAUCUUUGCUCCUAUUGAUCAAGCUAUGGUGAAUCAGAAAACCAAUGUGAGCGAAUUCUCGUCGAUCUUUCGCCGCCAUAUCAUACCCUGCAGGCUUCGGUGGAGGGAUUUGGUGGAUUUUGUAGAUGGAACGGAAUUACAGAGCAAUUUGGAGGGGUUUACGAUCAAGAUCACCGGAUCUUCUAAAGGAUUGAGGAUCAACGGCGUUCCAGUGAUUUUGCCGGACAUGUAUCACAAUGAUUGGCUUGUGGUUCAUGGGAUCAGUGAGAUUCUUGAAGGGCCAAAGCAUGAAGAAAAAGUGCCUGAGUCUUUCUAUGGAUUUGGUAACGAAAACGAGGAGAACACCAACACCGUAGCCCACUACCAUUUCUCUGUUUUCAGGUCUUGAAGAUCUGGGUAGCCCCUUAUCUCUCUGCCAUUGAUUUUUAGUUUCAGUUGAAAAAGUUAAAUUUGUCACUGUGAAUGCAUGGUUUGGGUGUAGUUUUUCUCUACUGUAAAUUUCUUUGCAUGAGGUUGUAUGUCUGUUUGAGAUCGAUGUUUGUUUUUUCUAAUCGCUAAUCUUUUUAGUAAAUGUGUUUUCUCUUUUUUGAUGCCAAUCUUUU